AUGGCCUUCCACCAGUCCUGCAAAGAUAUCCAUAUCCGCCAGGAAGACGGCUACACGAUGCUUCUGGCUGAAGUCCGCGACAACUACGGGAACUACAGCCGACAUAAGAUCCGUCUGGACGAUCACAUUGGCAAUACUGAUGGAUGGUUCAUCUGGGGCGGCCAAAAUUUCACCCGCAGUGCUAAAAACAUCAACCUUGAGCAUACCGAAUGGGGUCCCAAGCUGGUGGCAGAAAUGCGCUCGCUGGACGGCGGGUCUCGUGGUCUGCAGGGGUUGAUGUUGGCUGAUAAGAUUGCUGUUGUUGAUGGGCGGUUUAAGUUUUUGGGUCCUUGA